AUGAGAAAAGACACAGAGACAUCAUCACCUAAACAAACAGAUCCAGAAGAGCACGAAAAUGAAAAUUCUGUGACGAAGGCUCCACCUGUUGAGAGCAUUUCUCCUGCUGCUGAGAGAACAUCCACCCAGAACUCCUCAAACAAAGAAAGUGAGGAAGACACCAGCACAGAUCAGAAGAGUGGAAGGGAAAAUGUGAAAGAGUCUGGUGGGUUGGAGGAAAUCCCUGAUCCAGAGUCCAGUACAAAUGAAGCGCUGCCCACAGACACUGAGUGCAGAAGUCCACCCAUGGCCUCAGGAAAUAAGGAUGCUGAAGUGAAGAAAGGUCAUGUCAAACAAUGUGCUUCAGAGAUUGAAAAACAAUCCACAGAACCAGAAGAGCACGAAAAUGAAAAUUCUGUGACGAACUCCUCAAACAAAGAAAGUGAGGAAGACACCAGCACAGAUCAGAAGAGUGGAAGGGAAAAUGUGAAAGAGCCUGGUGGGUUGGAGGAAAUCCCUGAUCCAGAGUCCAGUACAAAUGAAGAGCUGCCCACUGUUGCUGCACUGAACAGUUCUAGAACCGCUCCACAGGAAGAGCAUUCUGAUGAGUCACUGACAGACCAACACACAGGUGAUGACAGUCACCCAGAAAUGUACCGAGCAGCGCCUCAUGAUAACGAUGAGUCAGAUGUUUCAAGAGGGUGUAGCCCUGUAGAUAUGGAUUCCAACACUUGUGUACAGCUGAAUCAGAGCGCCACGCCUAAACAAACGGAUGAAAGUCCCACUAACGCAACCCACAAAGAUCAAGAGCCAGGACGAGACAAAGAACCUCUGCAGGACACGGAGAAGUCUGAGGAAGAGUCAGAUCGCAGCACGGCCCAGACAGCAGUGGAAGGUGACGGUAGAUCUGAGGAGAUGACCUCUAACCAAUGUAACUCGAAGGAGGAAAAGACCGAAAGCAUCAAUAAAAGUCAGGAUGAAGAGGAAGACGAGGAGAGCACUGAAACCAGAGAAGAGGAAACUGUAAAUGAGCAAAUGCAAGAUGUAACAACUAAACAGAAUGUGUAACUAGGUAAAAGUUGUUCAAAGUGCAGGGGGAACCAGGGGAGAACAAACACGACAUUCAAAUGUGUGACCAAAAAGUGAAAGUCAACAAACCAUUUGAUCUGUUUCCCUGUCAGGGUUGUUUUUUAAAACCAGUCGUACCAGUAUAUAAGGUAGACAGUUGCCCGACCAUUGACUACCAAGUUUUCACUGAAAGACAAGACCUGGCUUGAAACACUGCGCACAAACAAACAAAAAAUGUGUAAUGUUUUUAUUGUUUAUACUACUUUAAUCAUAACGAAGAGGUGCGACCAGAUAAGUGGUCUGAACUACUGCAAUGUGUUUUUAUAUUUAAGUUUUUAAGAGUAAAAAUAUUUUAACAAAAAUGCAGAAAAAAAAAUAAUCUGAAAGAAUCCUUCAGGACUGAAUGGUUUCAGCAGCAUGAGUGAGCUUUUUUUUAUUAUUAAUUUACUUAAUUUACAGUCAGUGUGUUUUACUGCCCCCUGGUGGUACUUCAUAAUCUAGAAAACUGCACCACUAAGAGCUGACAAUCAAAUGUAGAUCAACGGCCAAGCUUUGAAUUUGAAAUCUGGUCUGAAAGAAUUUUUGUGAUCAUUAUUAUUAUUAUUUUACAAAGGGAAAGCAACUCGAUCAAAAAUCACUAGAACUAAUAUAUAUAUAUACUGCACAAAGUAUUGUACAUUAGUUUACUGUCCUCUAAUGUAUGGUUAACAACAGAUCUCUAACAGAUCUGGGUGCGACUCUAAGCAUUGAUUAUUUAUGGAUUUAAAAAAAAUAUAUUUUUUAACAUUAACCAAAGUCAUGCAGCUACAUUUAUUUUUUUAAGGCUGAUGUUUGUUUCUGUCCAUUUAGCUAGAACAUUUAACAUUUUGAUU